AUGUCCCGAAUCCGCCUCCGCCACUGCGCCAGCACGCCGAUGUCGCGCCUCCGCCCCCUCCGUCACAGCUCGUCCUACACCUCCACCUCCCGGUGCUCGAGAUCCUGGUCUCCGGCCGCCUCCUUUGCUGCAGCCACGGACCGUGUCCGCGCUGGAACGCUCAGCCAGGAGGAUGCACACAACCUGUUCGACGAAUUGCUGCGCCAAGCCACCCCGCUCCCCGAGCGCUCCCUCAACGACUUCCUUAUUGCACUCGCCCGUGCUCCGUCCUACGAUGACCGCAGAAGCGGACCCGCUCUCGGAGUCGCUCUCUUCAACCGCGUGUGCCGAGAAGAUGCCGGCCCCCAGGUGGCGUCGCCCACAGUCUGCACCUACAACAUCAUCAUGGACUGCUGCUGCCGCGCACGCCGACCGGACCUUGGGCUUGCCUUAUUCGGCCGUGUCCUCAAAAUAGGUCUGAAGACAGACCACAUCACCGCCAACACCUUCCUCAAGUGCUUCUGCGAUGCAAAACGGACAGAUGAAGCUGUGGACGUACUGCUUCAUAGGAUGUCCGAGCUUGGCUGUGUGCCUGAUGUCAUCUCAUACUCUAUUGUUCUCAAGAGGUUAUGUGAAGAUAGCAGAAGCCAGCAAGCACUUGACCUGCUCCAGACGAUGGCGAAACAAGGGGGUGUCUGUUCCCCCAACGUGGUGGCAUACAGCACAGUCAUCCAUGGCUUCUUUAGGGAGGGCCAAGUAGGAAAGGCAUGCAAUCUUUUCCAUGCAAUGAUGCAACAAGGGGUUUUGCCUGAUGUAGUGACAUACAACUCAGUUAUUGAUGCGCUGUGCAAGGCCAGAGCAAUGGACAAGGCAGAGCUGAUCCUUCGGCAGAUGGCCGGCAAUGGCGUUCAACCAAAUAAAGUGACAUACAAUUGCAUGAUCCAUGGAUAUUCCACAUCAGGGCGGUGGAAAGAGUCAACUAAUAUGUUCAGAGAAAUGACAAAACGGGGUCUGAUACCAGAUAUUGUUACUUGCAACUCGUUCAUGACCUCCCUUUGCAAGCAUGGAAGAAGCAAAGAAGCUGCAGAAAUUCUUGCUGCCAUGGCUGCCAAGGGACACAAACCUGAUAUCCUCUCAUACUCUAUUUUGCUACAUGGAUAUGCCAGUGAAGGAUGCUUCGCUGAUAUGAUCAAUCUCUUUAACUCAAUGAAAGACAAUGAUAUUGUACCCAACUGCCAUGUUUUCAGCAUAUUAAUUGGUGCAUAUGCUAGGUGUGAAAUGAUGGAUGAAGCGAUGCUCAUUUUUGCAGAAAUGCGGGAACAAGGAGUGUGUCCAGAUGUAGUCACCUAUUCAACUGUAAUAGCCGCACUUUGUAGAAUGGGUAGACUGGGAGAUGCUGUUGACAAAUUCAGUGAGAUGAUUGUUGUGGGAAUACAACCGGAAAAGGUUGUUUAUCAUUGCUUAAUUCAGGGUUGUUGUAUGCAUGGUGAUCUGGUUAAAGCUAAAGAGUUGGUUUCUCAAAUGAUGAACAAAGGUAUCCCUCGCCCUAACAUCGUCUUCUUCAAUUCAGUAAUAAACAGUCUAUGCAAAGAAGGAAGGGUUGUGGAUGCACAAGAUAUAUUUGACUUAGUUAUACACAUUGGUGAGAGGCCAGAUGUCUUUACUUUUAAUUCACUGAUUGACGGGUAUGGCUUAGUCGGCAAGAUGGAUACAGCACUUGGAAUACUUGAUGUCAUGGUAUUAGCAGGUGUUCAGCCUAAUGUUGUUACAUAUAGUACACUUGUGAAUGGCUAUUUUAAAAAUGGAAUGGUCGAUGAUGGUUUGGCUCUAUUCACAGAAAUGCUGUCCAAGAGAGUUAAACCUACAACUGUCACAUAUGGCACCAUACUGGAUGGGUUAUUUCGUGCUGGGAGAUCUGAUGAUGCAAAGAAAAGGUUCCAUGAGAUGAUUGAAAGUGGAAUAACAGUUAGCGUUUCCAUAUACAAUAUAAUUCUUGGAGGACUUUGCAGAAAUAAUUGUGCCAACGAAGCAAUCACUUUGUUCCAUAAAUUAGGUGAAAUGAAUGUGAAGUUUGAUAUCGCAACAUUCAAUAUCAUGAUCGAUGCAAUGUAUAAAGUUCGGAGAAGAGAAGAUGCUAACAAUUUGUUUGCUGCAAUAUCAACCAGUGGGUUGGUACCUAAUGCUUGGACUUAUAGCAUAGUGAUAAAAAAUCUUCUAAAAGAAGGAUUAGUGGAAGAAGCUGGCAAUAUAUUUUCAUCAAUGGAGAAGAUUGGUUGUGCUCUGAGCUCCCGUCUUGUUAAUGAUAUAAUCAGAAUGUUGUUAGAAAAAGGUGAGAUCGCUAAGGCCGGAGAUUAUUUGUCUAAAGUUGAUGGGAAGAACAUCUCACUAGAAGCUUCAACUACUUCGUUGAUGUUGUCUCUAUUUUCAAGGAAUGGGAAAUAUCGGGAGGAUGUGAAAUUGCUCCCUGCAAAGUAUCGAUUUUUCAAAGGACUUGGUUGAUACAUCGCAUAUGAGAUCAACUCCAGAGAAAGCUUAAUGGAUUUUGUGCUCGCAUAAAUCCCUUCUGCCAUCAUAAGAAAUCCAAAAUGCCUGCUUGUACCGUUGAGUUCGUUUUGCAGUGUGUCAGAAUCACAAGAAAGUGAAAUGUGUAUGAAUCUAUUAAUCUUUGAUGGGUGAGGACAGGUAGAAAAAGUAUUCUAACAUGACUGUCUGCAACCUUAGGGAUAAUGGUGUCUCAUUGCCAUUGGGGAAGGUAAGCAGAAUGAAUAUUAAUACAAUCUUUUAUAUCAGUAACAUGACAUUUUGUAAUCUCUCUAAACAGUCACUUUUCUUCAUAGCUCGUAUGAGUGUAUUUUUACAGUGCCAUUCUCAUUGAUCUGCUAUAUAUGCAAGGGUGGGCUUACUUUUAGUUCAGAAAUAUCUUUUUUAUAUGUCAAGGCAAUCUGGAAGAAUGGAUGUUUGAUGUUGUUGAUACUAUGUUCAAUUAUCAUAUGUAUGAGCUCACGCCGGAGCCUCUUGCAUUUGUAUCAACUGGUGGAGCUUGUUGCGUUGCUGGUGAAAAAUGUGUUUCCAGGCACCAACACCAUCCCGGGUGACAUAGGAGAGGAUUCAAAGCAUUUGCAUGAUGAGAAUGUCUUGCUCUUGUACACCUGCAGUGUGCAUGCCUCUCCGUUUCUAUCUGGAACCCCAAUUCCAAGUCGGUACUGCUAUGCCAGAGCAAGAAUCCAAGUUUUGUCCUUCACCUGCACCAUUUUAUCUUUGGUCCUCUGCUGCUCAACAUUCCACUUCUGAUCAAAUGGCACUCUCACGUGGAGGAGAGGUCGCUGACAGCUUCACGUCGAUGCGCCACACAUGUCUCUCUGAUUCAGGUGUUCUCUGUUUACCAUGUGAAGCUUUUGGCCUAAACUUCUGUUCUAGUGACUUGGAAGUAUCCGGACUCCGGAGUGCCCUGAAGAUAGUCAAUCUUUUUCAGCGAACUGUCCCUGCACAUACGGAUGGAGAAGAGCUUACUGCAAGUGGAGCUCACAGUUGAAAAGGAGAUCCCCACGUAAAGAUCCCUUUUGCCUUGCAAGAUUCAAUGAGCAGAGACGUCUAUAAGAUUCGAACAUGGCUCACCUCUCUAAAUGGAAGUACUGUUCAAUGAGGCAAAUCCAAUGAAGACUAUCCAUUUGAAAUCAAGGUAAUCGACAAAUGAGUGUGUUCCUCAAAAGAAAUAUCUUUUUUGAACCAGCAGUUGUAACUUCCUACUUGUACUGAGAGCAAGACUUCUUGAAAGCCAAGACCUGACAGAGCGACAGACUCUUCCUUGCAUAAAUAGAUACAAGGAUGGAGCUCUCAAAGCAAAUAUACAGAAUCGGUCAAGUAAGAGUACCGAAUCGAUGGAGUGGGAGUUGGCAUCUCUACAAGUCUAGACUUGUGCUUGACCAUACACAACCCAAUUCCGUUGCCAUUGCCAUCCAACACUUCUAGACAAAUGUUGGUUUGCCAGCAGAAUCGGUCAAAAGUCACUCCUGAGUCCUGCGAGUCGUCAUAGAAGUUUAUGAUGGAAAACGCUGGGGAUUCUCGGCAGAGACGCUGAACCAGAGCUUGAGGAAGCACAGCGAACAUAUGGUACGGUUCUGGUGGUUCUCCAUCAGCACGUUGACAUUCCACCAGAGUCUUAUACCUGCUUCAAAACCAUUCCUUUCUAAUCUUUUGCCGCCCUCUCUUUUUAAUUGGCUAUCAAAUGUCAUGAUUUAGUUGUGUAGUUUGAAUUGAUUUCUUCUUUCACAUAAUAAUGUACUCCACUAAGGCAUGUGAUGAUUUAUCUGUCAUGUCAUUCUGAAACCAUCUGUUCUUCGGAUAUUUUUAGCCGUAUCAUUUCAUUCAUGAUAUAGAAGCUUGAAAAUAUUCAUGUCUUUCACCAGCCUCCGUUGUA